AGAGUGAAGACAUCGCCUACAUUAUAUCGCAUCCUCGGGGAAAAACCCUCCUCCUUCUACUCAGCUCGUCUCUCUCUGCCAUUAUAAAGCCAACUUGGAUGAUUUAGCCCAAAGCAGGGGGACGCUCAACUAAUGACCACGGGAGCCUUGGAUACAACCAGGGAGCUUUAAUUCUUUGCUGGGAAAAUAAUCACUUGGUUUAGGUCUGCAGUGACUUCAUAACGCCUGAUCGGAGAUUUUGGAGCGGUCCUGUUGAGAAAAGUGAAGAAGUGAGAGACGGAGGGUUGUGAUGCAGGCUCCCCGCGCGCUUCGCUCCUUGCUGUGCGUGCUGAGCUGCGCGUGGCUGCACACCGGAGCGGCCUCGCGACUCAAGUCUCCCGCUCUGCCCAUCCAGUCUGAGAGAGAACCGCUGCCCCACAAAGGCUUGUCAGGAUGUUCAUUUGGAGGCCGAUUCUACUCCCUGGAGGACACAUGGCACCCAGAUCUGGGAGAGCCCUUUGGGAUCAUGCACUGUGUCCAGUGCUACUGUGAACCUCAAAAGAGUCGUCGUGGCAAAGUGUUUGGGAAGGUAAACUGUAAGAACAUCAAGCAGGACUGUCCCGAGCUUGACUGUGACGAGCCCGUCCUGUUACCGGGACACUGCUGCAAAACCUGUCCCAAAGAUGAACAGGACAAAAAGCAGGCAGAAGCGGUGCUGGACGGCUUCGAGUAUUUCCAAGAGAAGGGCAAGGGCAAGGAGGACGACCUCCACAAGUCCUACAACGACCGGUCCUACCUGAGCUCCGAGGACAUGGGCCCCGGGGACAGCCGCAUGGACUUUGUUGCAGUGUUGACAGGGGUGACAGAUUCAUGGCUGCCCAGCUCCAGUGGUGUUGCCAGAGCUCGCUUCUCUCUGACCAGAACUAGCCUGGCCUUCUCCAUCACAUACCAGAGAAUGGGUCGUCCCAGUAAAAUAGUCUUCCUGGAUUCAGAUGGGACUGCUGCCUUCGAGUACAGGGUCCCCAAGGGACAGUCAGCAAUGAUCUGUGGAGUGUGGAGGAACCUGGCCAAGCCAUUGCUGCGACAGCUGCAGGCUGAGCAGAUGCGCAUCAGCAUGACCACAUCGACUGGCAGACGAGAAGAGGUGGAGGGGAAGAUCAUCAAACACAGGGCACUGUUUGCAGAGACUUUCAGCUCCACGUUGACGUCAGAAGAGGAGAAUUCAGGCAUGGGAGGCAUUGCCAUGUUGACACUGAGUGACACAGAGAACAACCUCCACUUCAUCCUGAUCCUGCAAGGCCUCCUGAAACACAAAGACAAAAAUCCCCCUCUGGUGCCCAUCCGAGUCCAGCUGCAGUAUCGCCAACACACCCUGAGGGAGAUUCGAGCCAACAUCACUGCUCACGACCCAGAUUUUGCAGAGGUGCUGACAGACCUGAACAGCAGAGAGCUCUUCUGGUUAUCCCGCGGUCAGCUGGAGAUCGCUGUUGCAACGGAGGGGCAGAACCCUCGACAAAUUUCUGGCUUCAUCACCGGCAGGAAGUCCUGCGAUACCAUCCAGAGUGUUAUGUCCAGUGGUGACGCUUUGACCCCGGGAAAAACAGGAGGUGUGGGCUCUGCCAUCUUUAAUCUCCAUGACAACGGAACAUUGGACUACCAGGUUCAGGUUGCAGGUCUGACCAGCAACGUGGUCGGCCUCACCAUCGAGGUUAAGCCGCGGAGGCGUAACAAGCGUUCGGUGCUGUAUGACCUCACGCCCGAGUACAACGGGGACACGGGCCGGGCGCUGGGCAGCUGGAGCCGGCUGGAGGCCCGCCACAUCCACAUGUUGCUGCAGAAUGAGCUCUUCAUCAACGUGGCCACGGCGCACAGCCAGGAGGGAGAGCUGAGGGGGCAAAUCAAGGCUCUGCUCUACAGCGGCUUGGAUGCACCCAGACAUGAGCUGCCUAUCCCCCUGGCUGGCCAGUUUGUGUCUCCUCCAGUGAGGACAGGUGCUGGAGGCCACGCCUGGGUGUCAGUGGACGAACAGUGUCACCUCCAUUAUGAAAUAAUGGUCGCAGGCCUCAGCAAGGGCGACGACGUCACCGUCAAUGCCCACCUUCACGGAUUGGCUGAGAUUGGCGAGAUGGACGACAGCAGCGCCACGCACAAGAGGCUGCUGACCGGCUUCUACGGCUCACAGGCUCAGGGAGUGUUGAAGGACAUCAGUGUGGAGUUGCUGCGACACCUGGACCGAGGAACAGCCUUCAUCCAGGUCAGCACCAAACUCAAUCCACGAGGAGAAAUACGAGGACAGGUCCAUGUGCCAAACAAUUGUGAAUUUGGGACCAGAGGGGAGGUGGAGGAGGCAGAGUUCGAUGACCUGUUUGUGAGGGACCCUGAGGAGCUGAAGAAAGAUCCCAAUACCUGUUUCUUUGAGAGCCAGCACCACGCUCACGGCUCCCGCUGGACCCCCAACUACGACAAAUGUUUCUCCUGCAGCUGCCAGAAGCGAACAGUGAUCUGUGAUCCCGUCAUCUGCCCGGUGCUGACCUGCUCCCGAACCAUCCAGCCAGAGGACAAGUGCUGCCCCGUCUGUGAUGAGAAGAAGGAGCCCAAGGACAUGAAAGCUCCGGAGAGGUUAGAUGAACAUCCUGAAGGCUGUUACUUUGAAGGAGACCAGAAAAUGCAUGCCCCCGGAACCACGUGGCACCCCUUCGUUCCUCCAUUCGGCUACAUUAAAUGUGCUGUCUGCACUUGCAAGGGUUCGACAGGCGAGGUGCACUGUGAGAAGGUGACGUGUCCAGUGUUGACCUGCAGUCGACCGGUGAGGCGCAGUCCGUCCGACUGCUGCAAGGAGUGUCCGGAGGAGGAGAGGAGCCCCGCCGGCCUGGAGCACACAGACAUGAUGCAGGCCGACGGCACCAGGCACUGCAAGUUUGGCAAGAACUAUUACCAGAACAGCGACAACUGGCACCCCCGGGUACCGCUGGUGGGGGAAAUGAAGUGCAUCAACUGCUGGUGCGAUCAUGGUGUGACUAAAUGUCAGAGGAAGCAGUGUCCAGUGUUGACCUGCACCAACAUCACCCGCAGAGAGGGCAAGUGCUGUCCCGAGUGCCUUGAUUCAAAAGAGGAAGAUGACCUGAUGAUGAAGGCUCCAGACAAAAGGCAAAGCUGGAGGCACUGAUGUGUGGGAAACUGUUGUAUACCCACCC